CCGCGCCCCUCCGCGCGCCACCAUGACGGCCGAGAGCCACCUGCAGGGCGUGGAGAUCUCGGCCGCGCAGUUUUUCGAGAUCUGGCACCACUACGACUCCGACGGCAAUGGGUACAUGGAUGGGAAGGAGCUACAGAACUUCAUCCAGGAGCUGCAGCAGGCGCGGAAGAAGGCAGGAUUGGAUUUAACACCUGAAAUGAAAGCUUUUGUGGACCAAUAUGGGAAGUCAACUGAUGGAAAAAUAGGAAUUGUUGAGCUUGCUCAGAUUUUACCGACAGAAGAAAAUUUCCUGUUGUUCUUUAGGUGCCAGCAGCUGAAGUCAAGUGAAGAUUUCAUGCAGACAUGGAGAAAAUAUGACAGUGACCACAGUGGUUUCAUCGAUUCUGAGGAACUAAAGAGCUUCUUGAAAGACUUAUUACAGAAAGCAAAUAAGCAGAUUGAAGACUCAAAGCUAACAGAGUACACAGAAAUAAUGCUCAGAAUGUUUGAUGCAAACAACGAUGGAAAGCUGGAGCUUACUGAACUGGCCAGGCUACUCCCAGUACAGGAAAAUUUUCUUAUUAAAUUUCAGGGUGUCAAAAUGUGUGCAAAAGAAUUCAACAAAGCCUUUGAGAUGUAUGAUCAAGAUGGCAAUGGUUAUAUAGAUGAAAACGAACUUGAUGCUCUCCUGAAGGAUCUGUGUGAAAAGAACAAAAAGGAAUUAGACAUUAACAACCUUGCGACAUACAAGAAAAGCAUCAUGGCCUUGUCUGAUGGAGGGAAGCUUUACCGAGCAGAACUGGCUCUUAUUCUCUGUGCUGAGGAAAAUUAGACCUCUUCUUCCAUGCCCACCUAACUAGUGAUGUACUCUAUCUACACAAUAACUGUGCACUAUAAGGGAGUAGGCUGUAUUUUUAAAUUGCAUAUAGAAAAUUAGCCAGGAUGUGUGGCACAUUCCUUUCGGUUUGUUUCUAUACUGUUUGUAAUGUACAGUUUUUGUAACUAUAAGAUUGAAAAAGAGAAUGUGUUUGGGCCAGUCUGUAUAUUCAAUAAGAAAUUAAAAUAUGUUGGAGUUGGGAUUUUUUUUUCUUUCAUAAAAACAGCUGGGAAAAAAAUUAAACCUGCUGACACUGUUGUGGUCACCAUAUCCUUUGACACCUGAAAUGUUUUUUCUUCUUGAUCUCUGUUACAAAAAAGAUCUAAAGAUAUCUUUACAAGUUACMACUAAACAUGGGUUUUUAAGUGGAAAAAAAAAAAAAGGCGAGGAAAAAGACUUAAUUUUGCUUUAGGAWAAAGGGAGUUGGAAAGACAUUCUCCAAAAUUUACCAUGGCAUUGAGAAAUAUUUUCAGUUGUCAAACCACCCACUUACAGGUAUCUCUGCAGUUUUCAGUCACUCUUCCCAUUACAAACGCAUCGCACAUAGACAAAGCAUUUGCAAGCAGAAGAAAUCCGGGAUAGCUUUCCCACCAGUAGCUGACAAAAAUAKAGUGUUUUCAAUCUAGUUGUUUAACUUUAUUGAAUUUAAACAUAGGCAUUGCAGACACAAAAGCCUACAAUUUGUCUUGGAGUCCUGGCUAAAUGGCAGGUAACAUAGUUAGCACACACAUCAGCACAUGAUAGCAUAAGUGUACCUUUCAUGACUAUUGCUGUGUCAGAGAAUAUGACAAUCCAUUUUCUAAACUCUUUUCACAUUUUGCAGGUUAUAAUUAUUCUAGUAAAUUGCUGUUUUUACAUCAUAUUCUGUGUAAUCUAUAAUUAAAUUUAAUAUCCUAAGACUGUUGGUGUCUAGUUUGUCUAUCUCCCACAUUCUUUUUCUGUAGAUGACAAAACAACUGUUUGGAGAAAAAAAAAAUGUGCCUCCUUGGAUUUUACAUUGAGUGUCUAAGCUAUAAUAGUAYAACCACUUAACACCAAAAAAGACAAAAG